AUGAGUUGCUUUUCGUGUUUUUCAUCUCAUGGGAGGAAAGCUAGCUCCAAAAAAAUACAUUCUAGCAAAAAACUACGAGUGCAAAUCUCAACUGCUCCACGAGAUCAAAAUCCACCUCUGCCCCAGAAUUUUAGUCCUAAACCAAGGCCUGCGCAGGAUCCCGUUAGUAACAAGGAUGCUGCUAAUAAAGAAGCAGGCGAUAAAAACAUUGCGGCACAGACGUUCACAUUUCGUGAACUAGCCACAGCUACAAAGAAUUUUAGGCAAGAAUGUUUAAUCGGUGAAGGGGGAUUUGGGAGAGUUUAUAAGGGAAAACUUGAGAAGAGUGGGCAGGUUGUGGCUGUGAAGCAACUUGAUAGGAAUGGGUUGCAAGGAAACAAAGAAUUUCUUGUUGAGGUGCUGAUGUUAAGCCUCUUGCAUAAUGAAAAUCUAGUCAAUCUCAUUGGUUAUUGUGCUGAUGGAGAUCAAAGACUUCUAGUUUAUGAAUACAUGACACAGGGAUCUUUAGAAGAUCAUCUUCUUGAUCUUUCACCCGAACAGAAGCCAAUGGAUUGGCAGACAAGAAUAAAAAUAGCAUUAGGUGCAGCAAAAGGCCUAGAAUAUUUGCACGAUAAUGCCAAUCCCCCAGUCAUCUACCGCGACUUGAAAUCCUCAAACAUCUUGCUAGACAAUGAAUUCAACGCCAAGCUCUCUGAUUUUGGACUAGCCAAGCUUGGACCUGUGGGGGAAAAGACACAUGUGUCAUCCAGAGUAAUGGGAACAUACGGUUAUUGUGCCCCUGAGUACCAAAGAACAGGUCAACUCACUGUCAAGUCCGAUGUCUACAGCUUCGGGGUCGUUUUGUUAGAGUUAAUCACAGGAAGAAGAGUUAUUGACACAACAAAACCAACCGAUGAACAAAAUCUAAUCGCAUGGGCACAACCUGUAUUUAGGGAACCAAACAGGUACCCACAACUGGUUGAUCCACUUAUAGAAGGACAGUAUCCAGUGAGAGCUAUGAAUCAAGCAGUGGCAGUUGCAGCCAUGUGUCUCCAAGAAGAGCCCGGUGUUCGACCUUUGAUUACUGAUGUGGUCACUGCUCUCAGUUUCCUUGGAAACGGUCAAGAUUCAGGCACAAAUAUUCCCCCUAAUGCCGCCCCUCUUCUUACUACACCACCUGUUCAAGAAAUGACCAGUGAUGUAAAUGGUGACGAAGGUGAUUAUGAUGAUAUCCAAUGGCAACGCCGAAAAGAGGUGGCAGAAGCAAUACAAUGGGGUACUAAUUCCAGGCAUGUUGAAUCGGGGUGUGCAAGUGCUUCUUCACUGUAA